AUGCGUAUCUGUACAAACCUGGUUCUCGACGCGGUACGAAUGGAGGAACUCGGGGCCGCCUUUGGCGGCCUAGGGGUGUCGGCCGGGCCACCCAAGGCUGCGACCGUCGGGAUCGAAGGCCUGAGGUGGCAGAGAACUGCGGUCUCUACAUCUCCUUCGAAGGAUGCCCUCCGAACGACAACCGACAUUUCCCCCGAUGGAAAUGCAUCAAUGAUGAUUUACUAUCUGAAUCAUAGCCCUGCAUUAUCAGGACUUCCCAGCCAUGCUGCACCGGCCAAAAUAGUAGCUGCCCAGUUAUCACCAAUAAUUGUGUAUACUGCCAAUCACCGAAUCAACGUAGUCUCACCCUCGUCCUUCUUGCUUAUGUCUGGGCUAGUACCAUUCCCAUCUCACCAAAAAUUCGACUCCGAUAAAAUGAAGUUUCUUUCGGCAUUUGUCGGAACGAUCCUUCUUAUCCUUGCAGCUGCCGAGUAUGCAACAGCGGCUAUUGGCGGAACUUUCUGCUCGACUCCAAAGCUUAUGUGCGUUACAGCAACCCAGGUUGGCUCUAAUACCAUUUACAACCUCUCGACUACGGUAUCACGUGAAAACUUUGGAUGGAUGGCAGUGGGUUUCGGAGACCGUAUGGUUGGUACACCAGCAGUAGUAGUGUGGCCUAACAGCGAUGACACAAUUACACUGGCCCAACGGAAAGCAACAGCACAUGCCUCUCCCCCUAUUGAUCCAGCCCCACCCCGGACAGCGACUCUACGAGAAGAUUUGAGUACACUGACCGGUACGCCAUCCUCGGUUGUUUUCUAUGCCAAGCUCUGGGAACGCAACGGAAACAAUGGUUUUUGCCUUUGGCACUUCAAAUCCUAG